AUGGAUGCCAGAGAGAAUGCAAGUUUUGCGACUUCUAGACCAUGCAUACCCAACUAUCUCGACUUGGCACGCUUUUACCCCCUGGCUUGCACUGCGGCUCUUUUGGUGAUGCAAACGGCUUGGGAUGACGUGUCAGAAGAGUUCGGCAGCGGUGAUUUGGACGAGGAGAGCCCUCAGGUUGAUGAUGUUACGGAUGAGUCCGAGAAUAUGAUGUCUGAGACGCCAUCUAGGGCGUCCGACCACGAGACAGUACCUUCGUUUCCCGUGUCCCGGGAGUCUUCUCAGUCGCCACCUCAUGCACGUUGCAGCUGGGAGCCCAUUGAUAAUGUCGACUCAAACUCUCAAUACUCCCUAUUCGCGCAACACCAAGAGUAUCCUGACUCGAUUUCUAUCGCUUGCAUAGCAGAUCAGUCCGUCAUCAUCUCGCUGCUGAGGAGCGCUGUUUAUCGGCGCCUAGCGUGGGGUACAACGGAUCCCGUGAUGGGGCUCGGAUUUUCACCUGGGUCGCCUAUGGUGCAAGUCUUCAUUGCGUGGCCCAGUACAACCUGGGAGGAUGGCUUGCCUCUGGUGGCCAUCACUGGUGAUUGGUCGGAGGACCACACUCUAGCAGUUGACCGGUUCGAUCUCACCUUCCCUGCAACCACCUAUGAACUUGUCCACUAUCUCUCGAAAGUCUUCGAGCUUGCCAAACAUGCAAAUUGCUCAGGACAAGCUCGUUGGCUGGAAUGGCGCUUUGAUUUUGCCAAUUAUGACAAGAUGGAGAGCAUAACCGUGGAUAAGAUGGCUUCCAUCCGAGUAUGGGCAGAGGAGGCCAUGCCUACGGAUGCUGACGAAAGAUGGCCUUUUCGUGACAAUGUACUGCCAAAGGCGCCUUUAUCACCCGCGGAACCGUCUGUUGACGUAUCCGCUAGUGAACCACAAGACGUUGGUCCACCUCUGAGAUGGACAUAUUUAGAUAUCGCAUCUGGAGCUGCUGAUAUGAAACACCCCUACGAAACCCUUCAUCAAUGGCUGUGGAACCGCGUCGCCUGUCUACGUUCGGUAUUACCACUGAUCGACAUGGGCACCAUUCACCCAUAUUAUGUGUCUCUUUCCCGUUUUGCCUGGAAUGAGGGUUGGGAUCAGUCGGUGAACGAGGAGAACAUUCACCCCAAACUCAGCCCUCUAAGAAGCGAGCUGCUACAACAGAAAUCGGCCUACCUUACAACUGCGAUGGCGGACUCACUGAAUGAACAUGCAGCUGCUGACUUGCUAGCCAAAGUCUGUAUUGCUAUGGCGGCUUGUUCGGCGGCAAGAGAGCAAAGUAAAGCUGCAGAGCAAUAUGGCACUUCGGCAGCUUGCGAUCACAUCUGGGACGGUCUGGUAUCUAGUUUGCACGGGACAUCUUCGAACGUACGGUAUCUCCCAGCCGUCGCCCUUCCAAGGAGUGCUCUCACAGACCGCUGUAAGGAUCCAGGCUGGCUAGCUUCGGCUAGAUACAACAUCAAACAACACAGUAUUUACGGGAGCCAACAUCGCGACGCGGCGAAGUUGCUCGCCGGUCCCCAUUCAACCCUGGGCGAGCAGGCCAUUUAUGCAGGCCUUCUUUCCAUCCACCCUGGUCUCAGUUACAGCAAAACAACCGAGCAUGAUGUCGAAUCCGAGGAUGGGUUUGAGGGAGUUUUGAAUCUGGUAGCAAACGAUCCCGUUGAAGCAAUAUGCGAUGUUGUGUGCACAAUCUUCAUACCUAAUCUUGUUAGCAGCGACUCUUCCGCCACCCUACAACAUGCUGCGGAGAGAUUUUGUCUGCUCCCUCGUGAACCGGACCAGGCAACUGCGCGUGCACGCGGUGGGACUGCUUACUAUCACGGCAUCUGCGACCUGCCCUCCGAACAUUCCGGCCUCGCGUCUGCCUACGAUCUAUUCUGCGCGAACGUCCGUUCCGCCGGCCUGUCUCCCGAAACACCAGAUUCUCUCGACUUUGGCAUCCUUUCGGCUCCUCCAACCGUCUGCCGGCUAUCAUUCCUGUGGCCUGACAGCAAGCUGGAAAAAUUGCAGGCUGGACAUCCCCCACCUUUGGCACCCGAUCAUCCAGACGAGAGUGGGCGACCAGGUACUGAACAGUUGACCGCCGCUGAACAGUCCCUCGCGCUUGAAUUGCCUCUACUGCUCGUCAACCACACACCUCCUGAGAAGAUCCUUGCGUACAUUGGGUCGCACAAGCACCGGAUGACUGCGACUGCCGCCGCAACGUUCUUUGGGGCUGUCGGACUCACUGGUGUCCCCGUUUUCAGCCUGGUGACGGACGGGUGUCGUGCAGUCCUUACAUGCGCGUGGGCCGAGAAGUUCGGGAGUUUUCAGCGUAUCAAAAUCGCGGAGCGGAACGGUGUCCUGUUCGAUCUUCGGAAUCCGUUGUCGGCCUUCCACUUUGCGACCUUUCUCGUGCGUCUCAAGCACGAGCACGGUCAGAAGCUGCGAGAGCGAUUCGAUGACCAAGCGCUGGCUCACCUGCGCGAGCGGCUGGAGCAAGGCGAGUGGGAGACGCGGUGGACGAUGUCGCAUUACGUUGCAGAGCAGUCGAACGGGGACAUGUCUUGA